GUAAAUAUACAUUCACCAAUCGAUUCCUACACCCCUCAUAGCCUCACACCAACUUACACCACGUCCACCACAAUCCUUCUCAUCAUCACAUCUCAAUACUCACAGUCAACUUGCUUAAAGUUCUUUCAGUCAGCUAACCUUUGAAGACAGUUGAAUAGUUUCAGCUCAACAUGGAUCGUAAUUUCAAUGUGGGAACCGAUUACACUGUUUUGGAUGUAGUAGGCGAAGGUGCUUACGGUGUAGUAUGCUCUGCGGUUCAUGAACCUUCGAAACAAAAGGUUGCGAUCAAGAAGAUCACACCCUUCGAUCACUCAAUGUUUUGUUUGAGAACGUUGAGAGAGAUUAAACUCUUAAGAUGGUUCUCACAUGAAAAUAUUAUAAGUAUUUUAGAUAUCGUGAAACCUCCAUCGAUUGAAGAGUUUUCAGAAGUUUAUUUGAUUCAAGAAUUAAUGGAAACUGAUAUGCAUCGAGUGAUUCGAACCCAAGAUCUUUCUGAUGAUCAUUCUCAGUACUUUAUUUAUCAAACCUUACGAGGUCUCAAGGCACUCCAUUCAGCUGCCGUACUACACCGGGACUUGAAGCCUUCGAAUUUACUCCUUAACUCAAACUGUGAUCUCAAGAUCUGUGAUUUUGGAUUGGCUAGAUCAGCUUUCAUGGGUGAACAGGAGGCUACCGGUUUCAUGACAGAAUAUGUAGCUACUCGUUGGUAUCGAGCUCCAGAGAUCAUGUUAACCUUCAAGGAAUACACCAAAGCUAUUGAUGUUUGGAGUGUGGGCUGUAUCUUGGCGGAAAUGUUGAAUGGCAAACCACUUUUCCCAGGACGUGAUUAUCAUCAUCAACUUACGUUGAUCUUGGAUGUCUUAGGAACACCCUCACUAGAUGAUUUCUAUGCGAUCAGCUCGCAUCGAUCGAGAGAUUAUAUCCGAGCUUUACCAUUUAAGAAAAAGAAACCAUUCUCUCAACUUUAUCCGAAUGCAUCGAAUCUAGCCGUCGAUCUUUUAGAGAAAUGUUUAACAUUUAAUCCCAAGAAACGAAUCACAUGUGAAGAAGCAUUAAAACAUCCUUAUCUAGCGGCUUAUCAUGAUCCAGAUGAUGAACCUGAUUCGCCUCCACUCGAUCCUUCUUUCUUUCAUUUUGAUAAUGGUAAAGAACAAUUAACUAGAGAACAAUUAAAACAAUUGAUCUUUAAUGAAGUGAUGAAUUAAACCUUUCGUCCGUCGAAAAAAAAAACUUCUUUUUCUCUUUGCUCUUUGAAUUUUUCUUUUUUUCUUUUUCGUCUUUCAUUUUUUUUCAUCAUGAUGACUUCUUACUGAGGUUUGUCUCAAAUAUCGUUUUUUUUGACUUGGUGAUAUUAAUCUAUCGAUUCUUUUCAAUUUGAUUGAUCGUUUCCAUUUUUCCAAUUUCUUUUAUACAUAUUCUCUCUCUCUCUGCGUGUCUUUCUGCCUUUCCCACUUUGUUAUCUUCUCAAUUGUGCUUUUAUUAUUUGAUAUACUUUUUUUUCAAUUUCACUUUCUUUCUUCCAUUAUUUGAAUACAAUGAGAAGUUUGAUGGUGUGUUUGUGUGCAGUGUGUCUGUCCGGAGAUAAGGUUUUGAUUGUAAAUAGAUUCAUCUUGUGUUAUUGGUUUUUUUCUAUGUUUGAGUGAUGAUGAUGCAUAUAUGUUGUUUUGAAGAAGUUGGUUUCUUUUGCUGAUUGUUGUUAUUGUUCUCUUCUUUUUUUGGUGAUGGUUGUUUUGAUGAUGAUGGUUGUUGUUGUUGUUGUUGUUUUACUGAUGAUGCUGAGAUUAUUGUUGGGAAAGAAGGAAGUUUUUAUGGAAUCUUUUGAUGUAAAUACUUCCGCCUUGGGU